CGCUUUAUAUUUCUAUCUCUCGUCUUUCGUUAGAGUCCCUGUCUGUAGACAAUGGAAUUUUCGCAGGACGCCGGGAUCCGCGUCUUUCGAUCACCGAGAGUAAUGCAAUUCAGCGCGGUUCCUUCUUUUCGCGCGUGAUCAUCAUUCUUUCUAUUUUCUUCUUCCCGAGCCUGGAGGAUUAAUUUUCUGCGCAUUCUUCUGCGAUAGGUGUUAUUGGAAUUUUAAGGUUGAGGAGCGCGAAAAAUGUCUGCAAGGAGUGAACACCACACCGUCCCCCUUUCGGUGCUUCUGAAGCGGGAAUUGGCAAGCGAGAAAAUUGAGAAACCAGAAAUUAUGCAUGGUCAAGCCAGCCAGAGCAAAAAAGGCGAAGAUUUCACUCUAAUAAAGAUGGAAUGUCAAAGGGUGGUGGGAGACGGGGUGUCUACUUAUUCUGUUUUUGGGCUAUUUGAUGGACACAAUGGAUCUGCUGCUGCAAUUUAUGCCAAGGAGAAUCUCUUGAAUAAUGUUUUAAGCGCGGUUCCCCCAGAUCUUAACAGAGAGGAGUGGGUGUCAGCAUUGCCUAGGGCUUUGGUCUCUGGCUUUGUCAAAACUGAUAAAGAUUUUCAAGAGAAAGGACAAAAAUCAGGAACAACAGCAACCUUUGUGAUUAUUGAAGGAUGGGUUGUUACAGUUGCAUCAGUUGGUGAUUCCCGUUGCAUCCUUGAGCCUUCUGAAGGUGGGAUAUAUUACUUGUCAGCAGAUCAUAGGCUAGAAACUAACGAAGAGGAGAGGGAGCGUAUAACUGCUAGCGGGGGUGAGGUUGGUCGUCUAAAUACUGGUGGAGGCGCACAGGUUGGUCCUUUGAGGUGCUGGCCUGGCGGCUUGUGUCUUUCAAGAUCCAUCGGUGAUAUGGAUAUUGGUGAAUAUAUUGUCCCUGUACCUUAUGUGAAGCAAGUGAAGCUGUCCACGGCUGGAGGCAGGCUCAUCAUCUGCAGUGAUGGUGUUUGGGAUGCUUUGACUGCAGAAGCAGCCCUUGAUUGUUGUCGUGGCAUGGCAGCAGAUGUUGCAGCAUCCCUUCUUGUUAGAGAAGCUUUACAAGCAAAGGGACUUAGAGAUGAUACUACCUGCGUUGUUGUUGAUAUAUUACCUCAGGAGAAGCCACCUGCUCCUGUGCAACAACCAAAAAAGGCAGGAAAAAUGUUUAAGGCCAUGUUUCGCAAAAAGUCCUCUGAAUCAUCUUCUUGUAAUGACAAAGAGUACAUGGAACCAGAUAUGGUAGAGGAACUGUACGAGGAAGGAUCUGCUAUGCUUUCAGACAGGUUAGACACAAAAUACCCACUCUGCAACAUGUUCAAGUUGUUUGUUUGUGCGGUAUGUCAAAGGGAGAUCAAACCUGGAGAGGGUAUUUCAAUCCAUGCAGGUGUAUCCAACCCAGGAAAAUUGCGUCCCUGGGACGGACCUUUUCUUUGUUCAAGUUGUCAGGAGAAGAAAGAAGCAAUGGAAGGGAAAAAAACAUCAGAUAGGCUGAGCAGUGGAAGUGACUGACAAAUUCUCGUAUAUAUUUGCUUAAUGAGAGCGCUAAAGAAGGUUCGGAUAACAGGGAGGUCAAACCUCCAAGCCACAGUGGUUCCCUUCUAUUAUCAUGGGAGCAUCUCUGAAUUUCGAUUUAUUUAUUUAUUCCACAUGAAAAUCCAUAUGAAUUUUCUCUCAUUUUUUAAGGCUGCAAAUGUAGACUACCUAUGGCAGCUUGUUAGAAGAAAUCUUGACUUGGGGGAGUGAAAGGGCAACCAUCAACGUGUUGUGAGAGGCAGCGUUACGUGUGGUAUUGUAUGCAAGAGUAUGGCGGAGGUACUGUAUUUUUUAUAUUCAUGCGUGGAAAGUUGACUUACACGUUGUAAUGUGACAUACGGAGUUUAAUUAGACUUCCUAGAUCUCGGUUCCACGAUAGGUUUGUGAAUUAUUUUAUUCUUGUAGCAUUUUAUCUUGGUCAUUCCUUUCAUCAAACAAACAUUAAAUGUGAUAGAGAUGCUUGGAAAUUGAAGUAUAUACAUAUUUCUUCAUA